AUGCCCUCUCUUGGAUCAUCUUCCUCGAUCACGUACUCUCCGCAAAAUUCUUCCAAACCUUCUCCAUCGGUGAGUACCACUACUGCUACUACUAAUACUACCGGUACUAUCAAACGAAGACACAGUAGUAGCAGUUUUGUUAAUGAAUCAUCAUCAUCAACAACCUCUUUGAAUCACAAGACCAUUGAUUCCUUUUUCCGAAAGAAGAAGGAUGAUCAUCAACCGCCAUCACAACAAUCUUCGGAAUUUCAAACAAGCUGCAAGGAUGAAUUCACUCCCUCUCACGAUUCAUCAAGAUCGGAUCAAGAAAGUGGUCCCAUUUUGAAAAAACAAAAAACAGCAAAAACUCCACCAAAAAAGUCUUCUAACCGCCAAUCCUCAUCAUCAUCGCCACUGUGUACAGGUCCUCUAGAUUUAUUGUUCCAAAAACAAAAACAAUUCACAUCCUCACAACAAUCAUCAUCCUCUGAUUCAGCUGUAUCUUGUUCUGAUUCGGAAUUGAUCAAAGGUAAUCCACUAUUGGAUUGGGAACAUGAGUUGACUAAAUUAGAUGAUACUCAACGACAGGCAGUCCAUGAAAACUCUGCUAAAUAUUUAUUGAUUAAUGGUUCUCCAGGCUGCGGAAAAACACUUGUGGUGGCAUUGAGAGCUCUUCAGUUAUUGCGUACAGAUCCAACAAGAAAAAUACUCAUCUUGACCUUUUCUAAAAAAGCAGAGCAAGAAAUUCAUGCUAGAAUUUUCAAAUUUACAGGCUUUAAGAGCAAUCAACAACACCGAAUUCAUGUCAAGACCAUACACGCCUUUGCUUUCAUGAUUAUGAGAAAAUUCGGAGACGAAAAUAGGAAAACUAUUGCGAACGAACAGCAAAUUUUGGAAAUAUUUAAAAAAAGUCCAAAGUUUCAGAAUGUUCAAGAUGACAAAUUUAAAGAGCUCCUCUCAUGGUGCCAAGAACAACGAGCCAAAGGGAAUACUUCUUCCGAUUUUAUCGAAGGUACAGAGAAGGAUUUUUUAGUUUGGUAUCAAGACGAGCUCUUAAAGAAAUGCUUAACAUUGGACUCUCUCAUUGAGCAAGCAUCGCAAGUAUUACAAACAGAAAAGAAGGCAAUUCAAUUUUGCUCACAGUUUUUUACAGAUUUGUUUGUCGAUGAAUUCCAAGAUACUUCUUUCAAGCAAUACGAUCUGUUGAAACUUGCAUCAAAUCAUGAUUGUUUGAAAAAUAUAACCGUUUUCGGAGAUCAAAAUCAAUCCAUCUAUUCAUUCAUUGGAUCAAACGGAGUUAGAUUAUUCCAACAGUUCAAGAUUGAUUUUGAAAAUGUACAAACAAUUGAUAUGAUGACAAAUUAUAGAAGUAAUACUGAAUUGAUCAAGAUUGCCAAUUAUUUCAUGCGGACUGAUACACGUAAAGGUUCAUCCACGAUAACCGAAAAUACGAACAAUUAUAUGGUACGCAAAUUUGGGAAUUUCAUAGAAGAAAUUGAAUUUAUAACAAGAGAAAUUCAGAAACUGGUAAACAAUGGAGUGAGUUUGAGUAGUAUUUGUGUCUUAUUUCGAAGAGACAAAUUACAGAGUAUCCUAGAAGAGACUUUGAUCAGAAAGAAUAUAAAAGUGGCCUCUCCAGUCAAAGACAAAUUUCUUGUCGUUUUAAAGAUUCUCAAACUCAUGAUUGGAGAAGGCAAAGAAUAUACUGAAAAAGAAGAGGAUUUAAUAUUUAUCGUUAAAAAUUUCAAACCAUACAUGGAUGGAAUUGGUGAAAAGACUGUUCAAAGUUAUUUAAAUGGAGAAAAACCAACGAAAAAAUCAGCUCGUCUCUCACAAUUUAUUCAAACUUUAAUCAUGUUGCGUAAGAAUUUAUUUGCCACUCUGGGUACCAUUUCAUUACCCACUUUGUGUGAUUAUAUGUUACAAAAUUUCAAGGACGUGAAAGUUUUUGCUGAUGAAGAUUAUAUUCGUCAACGAAUUUCAGCAUAUUCCACCGAAACAGCCUCCCUUUGUGCGUUGAGGGAUAUUGAAGCUUGUUGGUCAAGUGACGACAAUCGUGUCAUGACCGAAGGAGUUGUACUUUCAACGAUUCACAGAGCCAAAGGACUGGAAUUUGACAUUGUGUUCAUUCCAGAAGUUCACGAUGGAGUGAUGCCACUUCAAAAAAAUGUACAUGACGCUAAAAAAGUUCCAGAUAAGCAAUGCGAGCAAAUUGAUGAAAGUGAGGAACGAAGAAUAUUUUAUGUGGCCAUUACACGAGCGAAACAGUGUUUGUAUUUGACUCAUGUGGAAAAGUCACAAUUUAUUACUCAAAUUGACAGCUUUUUAAAGCAAAGCAAACAAUGA